GCUUAUCGACGUGGUUGACACACAGUUAUGUAAGCUUUCCUGGGAAGUGCAGUUGUGUGUCGUUCGCUCGGUAUUUCAGCCCACCUCACCUAAGGAAUAGGAUACUGUAUGUCUGAUCGCAGCUGCCUUACCAUAUUAAGGUGAAAAAUGCCCAUGCACGGAAGUUCAGUUUUCCUGUCAUGCAUUGCAUUGUUGUCAUCUUGGAGAGCUUGCUGUGGUGGCAAGAUUUUAGUAGUACCUUUCGAGGGCAGCCACUGGAUCAAUAUGGACGUGAUGAUCCGAGCUCUCCAUGCUCAAGGACACUCUGUUGACGUGAUUCGUGCCAACACUAGCUGGUACAUAAAGGACAACAUGCCGCACUACAACUCCAUCACUGUAUCGGUCAUCAAAGGGGUUGACUAUGACUUUGUCAACUCAGUCGUGGUGAAUGUUUUAGCUAUAGAAAGGGGACAAAACCCUGUUCUGACGUUUGCGAGUCUGCAGGUCGAAAUGUUCAGAGCAACAUUUAGUUUGCAUGCCAUCAUGAGCAAAAUGGCGAGUAGGUUACUAAAAGAUGGGGAUUUAAUGGCUCGUCUGAAGGAGCAUCAGUAUGACCUGCUCCUUACUGACCCAGCGGGGGGCACAGGCAUCAUCUUGGCUCAUGCGCUAAAGCUACCGUUAGUCUACAAUGUACGCUGGGUGACGAGUGGGGAGGGGCAUCAGUACGUAGCACCAUCUCCAUUAUCUUACAUUCCCAUGACUGGCUCCGGACUGUCUGAUAAAAUGACUUUCUUUGAGAGGGUUAAGAAUCUUCUCUACUUCAGCCUUUGGAAAGUUGAGUAUGCAUUAAUAAUCGAACCCCAAUAUCAAGCUGUUUGCACAGAAUUUUUUGGCCCAAAGAUUAAAUACGAUGACCUGGUACAAGCAGCGGACCUGUGGCUCAUGAGAGCGGACUUUGUGUUUGAGUUUCCUCGCCCCAUCAUGCCCAACAUCAUCCACAUAGGAGGAUUCCAAUGUCAACCUGCACAACCUCUACCCGACCACCUGGAGGAGUUUGUGCAAAGUUCUGGAGAAUAUGGAGUCAUUGUCAUGUCUCUUGGGACUUUUGUGAACGAACUACCUUCUGACUUAGCUGAUACCAUAGCGGCAGCUUUUGCCAAGCUACCCCAGAAGGUUAUCUGGAAGUUUCAAGGUACUAAACCUUCCACCCUGGGCAACAACACUCUCCUGGUGGAUUGGAUGCCACAGAAGGACCUCCUUGGACAUCCCAAGAUAAAACUCUUUGUGGCUCAUUGCGGGACAAACGGCAUCCAGGAAGCUAUUUAUCACGGAGUGCCCAUUGUGGGAAUACCCAUAUUUUUCGACCAGUAUGAUAACUUGAGGCGUCUCACAGAAAGAGGGGCAGCGGUGAUGGUCACAUUAGCCUCACUGGACAAAGACAACAACUUCCUGAAGGCCAUACAGGAAGCUCUUGCAAAUCCAUCCUACAGGAUAAACAUGCAGAGACUCUCCCGGCUGCACAGAGAUCAGCCCAUCACACCAAUCGACAACGCCCUCUUCUGGAUCGAGUUUGUCAUGAGACACAAAGGUGCAGCUCACCUGAGGACGGAGUCCUACAAGCUGCCCUGGUACGCUUACUAUUCUGUGGACAUCGUCUUUACUUUCUUUUCAACUGUAGCAGUGAUGAUUCUUCUCCCGCUUGUGGUUUUCAGGACACAUGUCUUGAAAACCCACAGAAAAUGAACUCAUUUGGCAAUUACAACCAAGCACCUUGUAUUCUCUUUGCUAAUUGUUGGUGACACAUGAAUCUGCCUUGUAAACGGAUAAGUAUGUUUGUACCCCUAACCCUUUCAUUUAUUGCUCCCAGAGUCUCCCCUACUAAUCCAGUAUUGUGCGUUUUGGCACAUUAGGGUCUUAUAGACUAGAAUAGAUCUUGUUCAUGUUGAACUAACCGAAAACUGAGCCAAAACAAGUUUUGUCUGGACUUGGGAGACCUCACAGCAGACUAUGACAAACAGGGAGUCUUAUGGGGCAGCGAGAAAACCAAGCGAGAUGUUAUAUUUUUCUAUAAUUACUACUAUUACAUUUUCUUUACCUCUCUGCGUUAUGCCAUUGGGAACAACCCACUCACAAAGAAGACAUCUAGAUUCGGAACUAGCUAGCAACAUAAGGAAGGUUUUACACAUUUUAAUCCAAUUGGCUGGGAAUUUAGUGUUUGAACAAAAACACAUUUUCAGUUUUCAAUCAUCUGUCAACCAUUUCAGAAGAAAGAGCAACAGUGUUUUUCAAUCCAUUUGUAGUAUGUCUCAACACAAUGUGCCCAAGUGGGCUUUUGGCUUUUCAGAUUUCAUUCUGUUCCCAAAAUAAAAUGAUGAAAAAAGCUGUUGAGUCUUGCUAAGAAAGGGACUGUGCUAUUCAUA